AUGGACGCGCGCAAGAAGCAAAAGCAGAUGCAGGUGAAAGCCGAACGACAGCAUCGAUGGGAAGUCGAAACGGCACUGCAUCCCAUUGACCAAGAGGAAAAACAACGUUUGUACGAUGCGAAGAUUGCCGCAAAGAAGCAGCAGCAACAGGAGCUCGAGGAUCGCUUGAAUACGGCCAUGGCUAUCGGACUACGAGUGGUCGUGGACCUCGACUUCUUGAAUCACCAGACGCUUCGGGAGCGAAAUAGCGUGUUCAAGCAAGUGGCGACUGCUUACGGCACCAUGAAGAAAUGUUCAUUUCCGAAUCUCUUGUCCCUACAUCUAGCAUCGUACAGAGGAGACGUCGCGGCAUUUUGCGACCAACGCGGCGCGCGAGCAUGGAAGGUCUCUCGACACGAACAGCCUCUCUUCGAACUCUUCCCGAACGACACCGUCAUCUUCCUAUCCCCCGAUGCGCCGACCGUGCUGACUGAAUUGGACCCGAAUGCCGUGUAUGUCAUCGGAGGAAUUGUCGACCGGACUGUUCGAAAGAGCCAAACGCUGGCGAAGGCGACGGCGUCUGCCAUCCGCACCGCUCGGUUGCCAGUGCAAGAGCACCUCCGUGUCAAGUCGCACGUGCUCAACAUCGAUACCGUCCUGCUCAUCCUUCUCGAAGUCCACAACCAUGGCGACUGGAACCGAGCGUUCGAUGCAGUAUUACCCAAACGUUUUCGACGGCCUGAGUGA